AUGGCGAGCGUUGCAGAGGACCUGUUUCGUGAGAAACCCGUUGCGGAGGUGCGCGACUACAACUUGCACCUGGCCCAAGAUAUCGCUCGCGCCAACGACAAUUUUGAGCGGGAACUCAGCCAUCGCUACACCGAUAUUCUGGCAAUCACCGAUAGCGUCGAAGAGCUCUUGAGGCGGUCGCGCGAAGUGGACGCCAGCUUGAUGGAUUUAUGCUUCAACGACUCCUCAUACAAGUUAGAACCUGUUGCAGACCCUAAUCGCGAAACCCGGGAUGCAAUUGACCUGAGCAGAGGGCACUCCAGCCCGGCUUCGGACCACUUGCAGGAUGCCAAAUACGCCUUAGCAGUUGCGCAAUGGACUUUAGCAGUAAAAAGUUUCCUCGGGGAUCCAGCUGCACCCAAGAACUUUGACCCUCUGCUUUCCAGCUUCGAAAGUAUCCGUGGUUUUCCGCACGCGUCCCGCUACGACUCUACGAUUUCAGCCAACUGUCAGUUACUACAGGCAGCCGUGCUCGAACAUAAAAUGUCGUUCUCAGCGCUCCAAUGGGUUAAGCUCUAUCACUUGUUCCACGCCCACGCGGGUUCGCAGGUAUUCGUUUUCGAUGGAAUUGAUACGGUGAGCCAGUUGGUAUGCGACUUUCUGCUGCGAAACGAGGACGUGCUGCGGAACUCUCAAAUGGAUCCCGAGGUGCAAGUGUUCCUAAAGGCGCCCGUGUUCAAGUCAAAGUCCAUUGAAAGUCUGUUAAAAAAUGUUGAGUUUCAGUUUGAACGCUACUACGCUGCAUGUGAAAGAACCUCGACGCAGCCCACCUCUUUGAACCUCUACAGUUUUUGCGCCGGUGAUUCUGUAGCCAGUUUUGUUCAAGAUGUAGAUUGGUUUUGUCAUGGUAUAAAGGAUGAACAGGACCGUAAACUAGACAAUCUGUUGGUGUCCGUUUCACAGCUGAUCCAAAGACUGCAACACUAUGGUGCAGAAACAACAACUGUCGAUGACAUCAAAAAUCGGUUGAUCCAAAAUUUGGAGCAGCGGCUACAACAAGUUACCAGGGAGAGGGCGCAAGGCAUGGUAAGUACAGAGACUACUUCAGAUGUAGCUGUGGGGUUCGUGCAGCGAGAAGUGACGGAGAAGCGAAUGCCUCAUGGUGAAGUACAAGAGAACAACAUUGUCCAAGAAGAACCAGAAUCCGAAGAACCAGAAUCCGAAGAACCAGAGAAACCGGAAGUACCAGAGAACAACAUUGUCCAAGAAGAACCAGAAUCGGAAGAACCAAAGAAAUCGGACGAACCAGAAUCGGACGAACCAGGUUCGGAAGAGAAGAGCCCUAAUAAAGAAGAAACAGGCGAUGAUAGUAUACAAGGACGAGCGGAAGAGCCCAAUAGCGCUCAAGGAGUUUCUACUCGUGUGGAAGCUGUGCAGAAGACAAUUGUUGAGCAGGAGAGCUCUCAAGCAUUAGUCGAACGAAAGGAAGAGGAGGACAAUGCGCUCAAAGAACGCCAUGAGCAACCAACCGCGGGGCCCGAAAAAACCCAAAUUGUCGCCCAACAAAAUACCGACCAAAAGCAGUUUGUCACAGAACCCCAAAACGAACACCACGCUGGCAGCCAUCAAACAAUGGAACCCAGCACUUUGUCUACCUCCAUGUCUCAUUCGACCAACCAAGACGAUCCAAACCCUCCACUCAAAGAGGAGAACACUCCCGCCAGCGAGCCUUCCACUAGAGGCCUCGUGGCAGGUGCUGUUGAAGCCAUGACUUUCGCAAGCUUCGUCGCCUAUGUAGAGCAGCACACGGCGAGAAUCAAAGCGCUAUAG